GGGGAACGGGAGCGGGCGGUUGGCGUGCCGCCGGUGGGCUGGGGCCCCGCCCCCGGCCGCCAUUGCGGGACCUGUCGGGACGCGUAGCGUUCCUGCUUCGCUUCCCCCGCUCCCGGCAGAGCUGGACGGCUGGCCUUCCAGGGCGGCCCGCCACCGAGCUCGCAUCUACCCACGGUCAGGUCCAGAGGCUCCCGUGGGUACUGUCGCGAGCCGACGGGUUCCCGAGGCCCUCAACUGUCCCGGUAGGGCUUUUCUCCGCGUUCCCGAGGAGCCUGGCCAGGGGGUUGGACGAACAAGUCGGUGCACCGAUUGCGCCCCCCCCAAACCUGCUCUUCUGCUUUGCUGCCCCCGGAGCGCACGGCCUCCAAACAGUGCGCCUGCUGGCGGCCCCACCCCAGUGAGAGAACUGGACAUGAGGUUGGCCGGCCCCCUCCGCAUCGUGGCCCUGGUCGUCGUCGCGGGCCUCACCUGGAUCAUAGUCAGCGUCCUCCGAGGUGGGCCUGGCGGCGGCUUCCCUCACAUCCAGCAACUCUUCACCAGCCCAGAGGACUCAGUGACUGCAGAGCCUCGAGCCAGGAAGUACAAGUGUGGCCUGCCCCAGCCGUGUCCUGAGGAGCACCUGGCUUUCCGUGUAGUCAGCGGGGCUGCCAAUGUCAUUGGACCCAAGAUCUGCCUGGAGGACAAGAUGCUCAUGAGCAGUGUCAAGGACAACGUGGGCCGCGGACUGAACAUUGCCCUGGUGAACGGAGUCAGCGGUGAGCUCAUUGAGGCCCGGGCCUUCGACAUGUGGGCAGGAGAUGUCAACGAUCUGCUGAAGUUUAUCCGGCCACUGCAUGAAGGUACCCUGGUGUUCGUGGCCUCCUACGAUGACCCAGCCACCAAGAUGAAUGAAGAGACCAGGAAGCUUUUCAGUGAUCUGGGCAGCAAGAACAUCAAGGAUGUGGCCUUCCGGGACAGCUGGGUGUUCGUGGGGGCCAAGGGUGUGCAGAACAAGAGCCCCUUUGAGCAGCACAUGAAGAACAGCAAGCACACCAAUAAGUAUGAAGGCUGGCCCGGGGCACUGGACAUGGAAGGCUGUGUCCCGAAGAGGACCACGGCCAGCUAGCCAGCCAAGCACAAGCAGCAGGCAAGGGAGGUGGUGGUGGCGGCGGCGGCGGUGGCAGCAGCACAAGGGCAGGGCUGAGGACUGACUCCAUGCCCAGCCACAAGUGCUCUCUUGCCCCAACAUUGGGGCCCCAAGGUGGUGACCAGUGGCCAGAGUGUGGGGGCUGCAGGACCGGUCCCAUCUUGCUCUGUCAGGGGGACUCAGGUACCCAUGUCCUUUUCCUAAAGCUGCCUCCCUUUGUCAGCCCCCACCUGAUCCCCACGCACCCCAGCCACAAGGGCCCUGGCGCUCGCCCCCUCACUGCCCAAGUCUGGCAGCAGCUCUCCAGAAGUGUGGGGCAUCUUCCAGAAUAUCUUCCUCCAGAGCCUCUCGCUGCUCUGUAGGCUAAUCCUGUUUCCAGCUGCUUUGGGAACCUUACUGCCUCUUGCCUGCUGCCUCACUUCCUGCAGGAAGGGGCCACCUUCGAGCCAGGCCAGCUGGGGCUGUAAGGCAUAGCAAGCCUGAUCUCGGCCCCUAGCUCAGCAGGUGGCAGCUCCUGCGGUUUGUCAGAGGGCCUGCCUUCUAAAUGACCUCUUAAUAAAUUGGUGGCCCUCAAUGGAAUUAAGUGCAUUUAGUGGGGAGUUAGGGGUGGCAUUCUCUUUGCAGGGAGGAACAUGUCCCUGAGGCUCAGCGUACCUGUCCCCACAGCCUUAGCAGAUAGCCUUUGUGUCCAGGGCUCCUGCCACAGACAGGUCCUGCUGUGGCUGAGCUGUGACUCAGGCAGUAAACAGAAUGGCUUCCCAGCUGCCAUCCCCAUAGCCUUCCUGGGAGAGAUGAUUCUGCCCUCUGGGAUUCAGGAAACUCACCGACUCUUAUCCACAGUGCGGACCUACAGGGACAGGAAUGGGGGUUAAAACCAGCCCAGUUGCCUAACCUGCUACCCCGGCCUCCCUCAAGAGCUAGUGUGUCACACUCGACUUUGGACACCUUUGAAAUUAGGGCUGCAAAGGGCUGGGUCAUGUGGGCUACUUGGCAUUUCUAGCAGCUUAGUUAUAUCCUUCAUUCAGCAGGAAACUAAGGAGUUUCGCUGGAGUAGCACAUCUGGGGGUGCAGAAGCAGCCAGGGGUCAGAAAAAGGAGUGCUCAGAGAAGGAGGUUUGGACCUCCUAGCUAUAAAGAAUUGGGUCGCCAGCCAGGCAAUCUCAAGAGGGCCGUGGUGGAGCCAAGGGUCUUAAAAGUCCUGCUUCUGGGAGUCAGAUGCUGCCAGCGUGCAAACAAAGCAUUUAUGGAACAGACAGAAGUUAGAGGCUGUGGGCAUGAUAGCAAGGCCAUGACGGGUCAGGGCGGUGGAGACUUGAGAAGGGCUCAGGAGAUGGUGAUCAAAGAAGCUAACGCUGUGCCUGACCCUGUGGCAAGCACUUUACAUGUGUUCAAUUUAAUACUUUUCCUUUUUUGGCGAAGUGUUAGGUUCACACCAAAGCUGAGCAGAGAGUACAGAAAGAUUACCACCUACCCAGCCUCUCCUGACACAGUCAUCACCAGAAGCCCAGACUUGACAUUAGGGUGCCCUCUUGAUGGUAUACAGUCUGUGGGUUUGACAAAUGUAUGAUGACAUGUAUCCACUAUUAUAGUAGUAGACAUGUAUUCAUCUUUUAAACAUCCCCCAAAGUAGAGAAAACGAGUUCGCAUGUGCCCAUCAGAGCUGCCACAGCGAUCAACAUGGGGCCAGCGUUUCCUCUUCACCCGCCACAACCCAAUAUGUUGAAGCUAAUUGAACCUUAGUUCUUUCGCCAGCACCCCAGUUAUACACAUUACCUGCUCAAUCCUCAUGACAACCCAAGCAAAAAGGACUGUUGUUAUCCCCAUUUCCAGAAGAGGUUAAAGGUCCCUGGCAAGCUGAGGGAGAAUUUCACUGGAGCCAGAGGUUAGAAGCUAGAUAGGUGGGGCUCCACAAGGCCAGUAGCUUGGCUCAGAUGAACACAAUCUCACUGAAGGUCCACAGGGCAAGGCUGGGAAGCACUUAAGCCCCACUGUGCCUCAACUGCUGUGAGUGCCUGACCUUCCUAGGACAUUCACCAAGUGCUUGUCCUGGGUCACACACCCUUUCACCUGCUGGGAUCUCAGGACUGUGCCCCAGCAAUGGCUCCUAACUCCUCAGGGGGCUGUGCCCUUGCUAGAGGCACACAGAACAGCAGGCCAGCUUUAGCUCCCACUAGGCCCAGUGCAGACUCAGAAGCUGAUAGUGGUGAAGAGUGUAGCCUGUACAAGUUUCCAAACUAGAGGUCAAGUGUUAUAUAUCCCACAGCCCUCCACCAGGGUGCCCCAGCCAAAACCUAUCCUUUGGAAGUUAGGACAUCACAAGUGCCAGAAUGCCAACUCAAACUGGCAUAAGCAAAAAUAAUGACAGGCAGGGAGUCAUAUUGUUCUUAUAAUGGACCCCAAUGCCCAUUGGUGAUUCCAGCUCCAAAAAUGUCAUCAGGACAGGAGCUCUCCAAGUCUUGGAUCUGAUUUUCUACUUGCUUCCUUGUCAAACAUGCUGUCUUCUCCAGGCAGGGGGAGCAAUAGUAGAGGUCCCAGUCUAGCAACCACAGCAAAAAGAGCUCCCACCCACCCAACACUUCAGUACAAGCCCUAACUCUCAUUGGUCCAGAGUGGAUUAUGGGCUUUUCUGUGCAUCAGUCUGUGUGGCUCUGAUACCCAUGGGCACAUGCCCACUCCAGCGUCCAACACAGGGGUCAUCCACAUGCAAAUCUUGUGUACCAAGAGGAGCUAUGCUUCCCCAAAAAGAAAAUUGAGGUGCUGUGACCUGAUGCUGGGUAGGCAAAAAUGAUUGUCACUAUACCUCCCUGUUAAAUACGAAAUGCAUCCCAUAUUUGUGAUUGCAUAGAAUGUGCCUUCCAUGCAUGUGUGCUUAUCACAUAGUAUCUUUGGAGAUUCCUGCCUGGAGAGCAGCAGGUGGGCACACAUCUCAGGGUCACAUCACCAUCAUGAUCCUAUUACAUAAUAUGGUGGCAGGUGUCCCAUCUGAAUUAUAUUUAGGUUGUUUAUCUCUUUGCUCAAUCCAGAUGACUUCUCUUUGGGAACUAGAUAUCCUUGACUGAUGUGUAAGAGCCCUUCCUCCUCUUCUGGGGUAAAUUAAUCUCUUAAACCAACUAUGGACACUCUCUUAGCUUUAAUGUAGCCAUCUUUUUCCAGCAGGGAAGGCCCCCAAAUUUUCUCAUGUCAAACACCCCACUGGGCCACUCUGGCCUUUCAGGGAAAGCUGAAGUCACUGAAAAUAAUGAGGAGCAGCCUUCUGAAUACAUUCGCUCUCCAUGACCCCUGGCACCACUCCCCUUCGUUUGGAAUACAAACACACAGGUUUCCUCCAAGGAGGACACAUCUUGGCUGCUUCCAGCUGAGGCAUCCCCUUCCUCCAGCCAGUUCUACCCAGUCCUCGGAUAGCCCCAUCCCCACUGCUCUUUUGCAAACUGCAGUCUUCAACACAGCAGGUGCCAAGCCCAGCCUUCUUACUCGUGCCAGCCUGCUCCACCAAGACCCCUCAACCCCAUUUGAGAGGGAGAGCAUGAACGUUCCAGCACACCAAGUCCACAACACAAAUAGCUUAUGCCUUACUGGUCCUCUGAAGCUAAAGAACAGCUUACAGCUAUGGCCUCUGAAUGUUCUUGACCACCCUGACAUAAAGCCUCUUGAGCAUGCACCCCCCACCAUGUGUAUAUCUACUUACAUAUCAGCUGGAGGUUCUAAUCUGAACUUGAUAAAACACAAACAUGAACUUUUAAAUAAGUGUAUUUGGGUAAGUUGGGAUUUUUCAUUAAAUUUAUAAUAUUUGAAAA